CAAUAAUUCACUGGUAAACAGUGAAUGCUACGUUGAAAAUGCUACAACAGAGGAACCUGCGGGCUAAACAGAAGAAAGGACAGAAGAGUUCAAUUGAUUAUAUGUUAGGAGACCUGUUGGGAGAUGAUGAUUUCCCAGUGAAGGCCAAAGCUCCGGCCCGUGAAGCAGGCAGACUAGGACCUCCUCUACCAUCACGCAGUGGAAAACGCUCACUAUUGGGCGACGACGACUUCUUCAGCAAACUGGCUGAGGAAGCUGAAAAUGAUGAGGGCUCUGAUGUUUCUGAGGCUGAUCCCACAGCCUUACUGGAGAGCAUGAAGGACAUAGAUGAUAUGGACGCUGAUCUCUUUGGAUCAAAGAAAAAGCCCAGUUCAGCUCCAGCUCAGAGUAAAGGCUCCGGCAUUGGAGGACCUACGAAAAAUCCUCCUAAAUCAGGAAACAAGUUAAAAGGAGGAGGAAUCUCAGAUGAGCUACACAUUGAGGAGAAGAAGCCAAGUUCUGCUCCUGCAUCGACAGCACGUGGCUACCAGAGGUUCAGCUUCACUGGUGAGCUGACUGUCCUGUCUGGGUCUUUGGCUAGUCUGGCUACACCAUUGGUUAUCAAUGACCCGUGCCACCAAAUUAGUAUUAAUACAAUGCGAAUAUACAUAAUUGUACAUUAUUUCUCCCUAUUGCUGCAUAGUGGCCCUAAGUGUAGAGUUCUUAACACCAUAAAGCAUAUCAAUAUCAAAACAGUAUCCCCAGCUCUGGUAUCAUAUCUGUUGUCUAYAGACUUUGAUGACCCUUUGGCUGACCUGUUAGAUGAUCUACCCAUAGAAAACAAAAAUGAGCCAAAAAUCACCAAAAAAGCUCCUACAGAGAAAUCAGUGCUGCCCCCAGACUCCCCUAUCAUAAAGAAAAAAGAAACAGCCUCACCAGCUCCAGUUCCAAAAAAGCGGGACGAGCUUAUGUUUGAUGAUGACGAGGAUGACCUAAUGGAUGCAUUGGGGUUUGGGGAGAGUCCCAAAGAGAGCCCUAAGAAGAAUGAGACCGUGCUCAUACCAAAGAAYGAGAGCAGCAGUGAGCUCCCUCAAAGAGCACGCACCAGGCUAGAUGAGAUUCUGGGGCGUGGGACGUCCCCUCGCCUUCUGGAGCGCCCUCCAACAGGGGAGAGGAAGGACCGUCCGCAGCAGCAGGAAGACCCCUUCCUAGAAGAAGACCUGACGUUUGGUUCCUAUCAACCUACACUGGUCACUAUACCUGAGGGACGCCACUCACGCAGACAGUCGGUCAGAUUCUCCACUGAGGACAACAGUGCCUCUUCUGAGAAGAAAGCCAAACCCAUCACCCCCACCACGCUCACGCCUACCUUCCCCCGGCCUGCUGCAGACUGGCUGGGGCUCUCGCAGGAUGAUGAGGAGGAGGAAGAGAAGGAAGAGCCCCCGCCUGUACCAGAACCCUUGAAGACCCCCUCUUCGUCACUGGGAAGCAAACCCUCCUCGUCUGGCAACCGCAUUCCACAGCCAUCGACAGAGACUCCAAACACCUCCUUCAAACCCCCUAAACCAGUAGGACCCAGUGUAGAGGUCUCUGCAAGCAAAAAGAACGAAGAUGAUUGGCUAUCAGGGGCAUUGAGCAGGAAGAAGACUCCACACGGUCAGAGGAAAAGAGGACAACCCAGGAAGACUUUCUGGGGUUUGGAGACGAGGUGGAUCUGGAGUCGUUUCUCAGCAAACGUGGUUCUUCACCAGCUUCCAGGAGGAAAGAUGCAUCCACCCCCAACAAGGAACCAGGAUUCUCCUCUGCCCAGGGAGCCCUCCCAYAGACAGCCCAGCCCUACUGCUCAUUCUACCCCAGUGAGAGAGGACCAGUUCAGGCCUGCUGUGUCUGCUAGAGUAGGCUUCUAUCCUGACCAGAUCCCAGACCCUGCUACCAUUAGCUUCCCCCUGCCCCAGCAGUACCAUCCACCAGCCCUGCAGGAUCACAGGGAGCCAGGAUGGCCAAGUCAAGCAGAGCUGCCCCCUAACUACCCUGCCCAGCCAUGGCAGUCUAUGUCUGGCCCCAUGCCCCAUGCUAUGAUGCCUGGCUCUAUGCGGUUGCCACAGCAAAGCCAGAUGCAGAACACUGCACCUGYUGUCCAACCACAGGUGUCUCUUUCAGCCAACAGUUUGCAACARCUCUUACUACAACAGCAGCAGUUGGAGUCCCAGCUGCUGGGGUUAGGGGGCGCUGCGGAUGUAGCUGGGCUGCAGAGACAGAAGAGAGAGACUGAGAAGCAGAAUGGACAUCUAGCUUUACAGGCCAGCAUCAUCAAACUGGAGGGACAGGUGAGAUCUCUAYAGCAGGAGCUAGACCAGAACCAGAUGUUGCUGGAGAGUGUUCAGCAGAGACACAAGCAGGACACUGAGCUCAUGGAGAACACACACAGGGCUCGUGUGAAGCUGCUUGACGAUUCCGCGGCACAGCGAGAAGCACGGGCACGACAGGAAUGCGAGGACCUAGCAGAGCGCCUAGCCACCGUCACACGUAUAGCUGAACAGGAGCGUAUGGAGCUGCAGGCAAAGCAUCAGCGCAGACUGGCCCAAACCCAGCAGGACAGAGACCGAGAGGUGGAGCGACUCAGAGACCUACAGAGGAAGUCUAUUUUGGAGAURAAGAAAGACCACGAGGAUCAGGUCCAGAGGCUGAAGAGAUUGAAGGAUGAGGAGAUUGAUGCUGUGACCAGUGCCACAUCACAAACCAGGUCCCUGACAGUGGUGAUUGAGCAGAUGGAGCAUUUCUCCCACAGGCUGGGGGACCUUUCGUCUCGGGUGGAGAGCACCCAUGAGAACACAGCCCAGGGGCUGGAGCAGGGGGCACGGCAGAGAGACGAACAGCUCCGAGUGAUGCAGGACCGUCUGGGCCAGCAGCAGAGGGSCAUGGCAGAGGAGAGAACAAGGCUCAAAGAAGUCAUCGCCAAGAUGGACACCCAGCUGGCUGAGCAGCAGAGGCAACUAGAGAAGGAGCGCUGGAGAGUGAAUGCAGAGCAGGCUAAGGCCGACUCAUCUCAGAGAGGCCUGGACGAGGAGAGACGCUCUCUAACUCAGCACAUCAGCAUGGAGAGAGAGGAGCUGGAGAGGGCAAAAAGUGCCCUGUUGGAGGAGCAGCAGCAGGUAAUGCAGCGCUGUGCAGAGGAGAGGAGGAAGCUGGCGGCUGAGUGGACCCAGUUCCACACCCAGGAGAAGCAGAGGCAGGACCGGGCAGAGCGGGAGGCCAGCCGGGCACUGGAGAGGGACGCACACAGAGAGGGCUCCAUCAUCAGCAUGGCACAGGAACAGGUGGACCUGAAGCUGCGUGCUGGGGAGCUAAAGCAGCAUGAGGCAGCUGUAGCACGGGAGAGGGAGGCUCUGGAGAGACAGAGGGAGGAACUGGACAAGGAAAAGGAGAGGCUGAGUGGUACAGGCCUGCAGCUGAAGACACGUGCCCAGGAGGUAGAGGCCUUCAGCAAGCUGGCAUCAGAAAAAUAUAUUGAGGGGGAGAAGGCCCUACAGGAGUCCAGACAUGUAGAGACUGAGCACCAGACCAGGCUGAGGAGCAUCCACUCCCAGAUGGAGAGACUGAGACAGCAGGAGCAGCACCUCCAUCAGGAGAGAAUGAAGAUGACUGAGCAGCUUAGAGAAAUGGAGAGACUCAAGCACAGCCUUCCAAUCACUCCUUUCCCUCAAUCUAUGGACCCUAUAUUCACAGAAUUCAGACCAGUGUUGGCAGUACCUCAGAUGGCCUCCACUAAGGCUGUUCGCCAGCCCUCACCCCAGUUUUCUAGUCCGGAUUCUACAGAGCUCCAGGCCAGAUUGGCCCUGCUCAGACACACAGCAGAGAAGGAUCGUGACUUUCUGCAGGACGAGCAGUUCUUCCUGGACGCACUCAAGAAAGCACCUUACAAUUCAGCCUUUCACACGGAUUAA